CAGAUGGUCACCCGAACAAAGAAGAUUUUCGUGGGAGGACUGUCGGCGCCCAGCACGCUGGAAGACGUCAAGAAUUACUUUGAGCAGUUCGGCAGGAUAGAGGAUGCCAUGCUGAUGUUCGACAAACAGACCAACAGACAUCGAGGAUUUGGAUUUGUCACAUUCGAGAAUGAGGAUGUUGUCGACAAAGUGUGCGAGAUUCAUUUCCACGAGAUCAAUAAUAAGAUGGUCGAGUGUAAGAAGGCGCAGCCCAAGGAGGUGAUGCUGCCGCAGACGCUGGCGCGCGGCCGAGCGGCGGCUCGCGGCGGCUACGGUGAGUUGGUGCUCGUCUCGCCGGGACUCCCCUCGCUCGCCGCGUACCGCUACAGCCCCUACUCCGUGCCCAGCUCCGUGGCCGCCUGCGUGGCCAGCGCGCCGCCCACGGCGCUGCCCAGCGCGCCCCUGCUCGGCGCACACUCGCUGGGUCAGGUCGGCCUGGCCGGCGCGCCCCUGCACGGCUUCGACCUGGCCAGCUGCAAGAAACUGUUCGCCGGCGGCCUGUCGGCGGCGGCGGCGCCGGGUGCGAUGACGCAGCACGCGCUGCCCACCCUGGCCGGUCUCGGCGGGCUGGAGCAGUACUACCAGAUCCCGGUGGGCCUGUAGACUGGCCCCCCGGCCCGGGGACGUGCCCCGGUGGCUCCGAGCCGUGCGCCCGAGAGCGUGCCGUGUAUGAUACUCGCUGCGACCGCCGCGCGGCGCAGUCCGAACGCCCAGCAAUAACGGCAGUAAUAAUGAACAAAGACGUGCAUGUUUUCGUGCUGUUGUAUAUCUGUGUUAUACGACACUAGCUUGAAUCUCGUUAUUUGAAGUGUUUCACCCUUACCUGUGAGGCUAUUUUGCGCUGCGCCCCGGAGGGUGUCACUGGAAUGCAGGGCCGGACGAAUUGACGUUCGUAGGAGAGCCUUUCUCUCUGUGAAUAGAGUCUCUCUAUCUCUCUCUCUGUCGGUUUACGCUGUUGGCCACUAUCACCAUGCAGCAAACGCUUUUAAAAAUUAUUUGUUUCAUUCAUAAUGUUGCUCCCCUAAAGUUAUGUCGGUUGUAAUUUGGAAAACGGCAAGAUUCUGGUGGAUUUAGUUAUAAUUAGUUUAUAUAGUCGAAACUAAAAUGCCAUUGGACACUAAAAUGUCCCAUGAAUUUUGUACACGAAAAUAGUUUAGCCAUCUUAGCUCACUAGCCCGGUGAAAAUUAGCCACGGGUUAGUCAUAUAGCUUAGCGCCAAAGGGUGCCUCAUGAUUCCAAUUUUAUACACAAUUAUUUUGGUAAAAGUAGCAAGCGAUAUUGCUGACACUAACUCACUCUCGGUGCCCAUGUCUAUCUGUCUUUUCACAAUCGCCUUGAGCUCCGCCUACGCCCAGCUUUGUGCCGGUGUCACAGGCAUCCGCGCACUGCCGGCUGACGGAUGGACUUUGGCGAGGUCUAGCGAGCUUUAACGACAUCUAGCUGAAUUUCGGAGUCGGCUGCCGGCCACCAGUGUCUUCCAAAUUAGUAUUGAGAAGCAAUAGUACAAACCGCUGAGUUUUCUAUCCUGUGGUUUGUGGGUUAGACCAUCAACCCGUGCGUCAUAUGGGAAUGAGCCGACGGCCAGUCCAGCGGCCUCGGUGGCGCGUCUCUCACACCAGCCGAGAGUCGGACAGUCACACCUGUACCCUUCUCGAGUCUAAGUGGGCUGCUGUUUGCAGGGGUAAUUCCAUUUAAAUGCUCAAGAGGGUUAGUUUCUUUUUGUGAGGUCCGACCACAAUCCGUUUUAGUGAGUUCCCAGCAAUUCUCUAUAAUUUCUCAAACCUAACUAGUAAGCCGCUGCUGUUGGGCUGGCUGAAAUCCUUUCAUUGCGUACGAGUACUUAAGUUGUUGAUUUAGUACGUACAUUGCCUGUAUUUGUACUUAAGUGCAGCAGUAAAGACGCCGAGUUACCGUAUAUAUUUUAGAGGGGACACAGUGUGGUGGCCCCAGAGACUGAGCGCGAGUGACUGAAGGACCGAGCGCGUGACUGAGUCAGGAGGGACGGAGCGCGCGCGAUACUGAUGUUGUCCGCGUUCGUCGCAUCGUCGCUGUGUUCUCGUUAGCGGUUGACCGCGGGGGGCUGAGUGAGGGACGGGAGGGUGUGUGGGUGUGCCUGUGUUACCUGCCGUUGUAUGUAUGUCUGUGUGCGGCGGGGAGACUGGGCCCGACAUUGAGCACCGGCCGGAGGCGCCGGUUUCGUCUGAGCUCUCAGUUUCUCUCUUUCUCUAUCUCAUCUAUCUCUCCUCUGUGAGUGUGUCUGUGUGUGCGACCUCACGGCCUCGUCUUCUGUCUGUUCUGUGGGGCUCGCGGUAGCAUAACGUCUCGUUGGGUCGCCCUCCCGGUGACCACAGCUCGGAGAGAGGUGCCGGCGGACGCGCUCGCCCCGCCGGGGCCCCCAGUCUCCCCGCCGCCCCGCCCGCCAUCGGGCCGCCCCCACCCGGGUCAACUUUUGCUUUGUGCCAAGGCCCCCUUUUCGUCUGAAUCAGUGUCAUUAGCUUUGUAUUUAACCUCUUUCACUCAAUAAAUGCGUCGAACGAU